AUGUUCAAUGCGUUGCAAAACGGGACUAAUCCAAAUCUGAUGCAAGAGAUGCAAAUUAAAAACUUGGAAUUGGAGUUGGAACGUUAUAAAAAUUAUAUUCACGCUCAACAGGAAAAAUUCGAUGAGCAGUUGCAAGCUGAGAGAAGUGAAACUGCUGUAUUUAUUGAGAAAGCUAAACAGCAAAUUGACAUGGAAAAACGGAAGAAUUUGGAAUGCUAUCGAAUGCAAAUUGAAAACGAGAGAAAUGCUAAAAAUUCAGCGAAUGCUAAAGUUUUGUUGAGAAUUGAAGAAGAGAAUGCAACCUUGAAGAUACAAAUAGAAAAAAUGACAAUUGCUUCUAAUCAAGAAAAAUUUCAAGAAAGGAACAAGUUCAGUCAACUUUUAACAGAAGUCAUCAGCAAGAAUGACUUUCUGAAAAAAGAAAUCCAAUGCAAGCUGAAUGGCAUAAACACUAAUACCAGCCCCAAUGUGGAGAAAAUAAAAUCACACUUCGAGUAUUUCAUUGAUCGUCUUUCAAGCAAUAACGAUGAUGUUGUAAUGCAAUGGAACGACUGGCUUGGAGCAUAA